AUGCCCCAGGAGCCCCGGCAGACGGAUUUCCAGCUGGUAAGAGUCAAGAGCACGUGGAGCCGCAUCAAGAAAGGAGAAACCCUCUCCAACAACAACAAGGACGAGGUCACUCUCUCUGAGCUCAGACAUGCAAAGAUCAAGCUAGGAAUAUAUAGGGAUUUCAAACCAUGUUUUCUGAUCCUUGCCAGAGGUGAGUGCAUCUCCGAAGGUGGGAUUUCCUGGAUCAUUGAAGCUCCCAUCUAUUUUUGCUACAAAGUGGUAGAAACCUACAACAUCCUGGAGCCCUCUAACACCACUCUGCUCUGGGGUCACAUCACUGACCCCCAGCAAACAGAGCUGGCCACGGCCAGCAAGAGAAAACUGCGGCGCUUCAUCGUCAUAGACGAAGUCGUCGACAAACUUUACGGCUCCAAAGUCAGAGAAUACUUCGAAGAGAACAACGUCCAGCACAAAAUCCUUGCCCUGCCCACCACUGAGGAAACAAAAUCCAUGGACUUGGUGUUGAACAUCUUGCACGAGGUCCAGAGCUUCAGCCUGGACCGGCGCACGGAGCCCAUCAUCGCCAUUGGAAGGGGCGUGUGCCUGGACAUCGUGGGGCUCGCCGCGUCACUCUACAGGAGACGCACCCCCUACAUUCGGGUCCCCACCACCCUCCUCUCCUACGUGGAUGCCAGCGUGGGGGCCAAGAACGGGGUGAACUUUCUGCAGUGUAAGAACAAGCUUGGGGGCUACACCCCCCCCGUGGCGAGUUUCCUGGACAGGUCCUUCCUCCAGAGCAUCCCUCGGCGACACAUCUCCAACGGCCUCGGGGAAAUUUUAAAGAUGGCCCUCAUGAAACACAAAGGGCUGUUUGACCUGCUCAAGAACCAUGGAAAAUACCUACUGGACACCAAGUUCCAGUCCUGCAACAGCUUUGCCCACCAUGGGGAUGCUGCACUGCAGACUACCAGGAUUGCCAUUGAAACCAUGCUGGAAGAGCUGGCUCCCAACCUCUGGGAGGAUGACCUGGACAGACUGGUUGAUUUUGGCCACCUCAUUAGCCCAGAGCUGGAAAUGAGGGUUCUGCCGUCGCUGAUGCACGGGGAAGCCGUGAACGUGGACAUGGCCUUCAUGACGUACGUGGCCCACGCGCGCGGGCUGCUGGCCGCCGAGGACAAGGAGCAGAUCCUGGAGUGCAUGCGGGGCCUGGAGCUGCCGGUCUGGCACAGCGGCUGCAGCUGGGCCCUCAUCCAGAGAGCCCUGCGGGAGCGCCUCAAGCACAGCGGGGGACAGCUGAGGAUGCCCCUGCCCACAGGCCUCGGCGUGGCAGACAUAUUCAAUGACACCAGUGAAGAGACCCUGGAAAGAGCAUAUGAGCUGUGGGUCAAGGACUGCAAGGUGGAGCUGGAGGAAGAGCUGCAAGCCCAAGGUGACAGUCCUGCCCCAAGCCUGAGCUGUGUGCCACUGUAA